AUGCCACAAACUAAGUUUGUAUUGUCAAAAGCACUAAAAGCAGAUUUGAAGCCAAUUGUGAUAAUCAAUAAGGUUGAUCGGCCAGAUAGCAGGAUUGAUGAAGUGCUGAACGAGAUAUAUGAGCUAUUUUUUAAUCUUGAUGCAACUAACGAGCAGCUAGAUUUUCCAGUAUUGUAUGCCUCUGGUAGAAACGGCUGGUGUAUUAAAGAGCUUUCUGAUAAAAGAAAAGAUUUAAGUCCGUUAUUUUCAACAGUUACCUUGAUAACAAAACAAAAUUGGUUAGUUAAGUUCAUCAAGUUAAGCGGCUUUGCAUUUGAAACAGCCGAUGACGAAGAUCUGGUAAUACAAAACAAUAUCAGGAAUCAGAUGCUGAGAAGCAUUUCAUCUCCAGCGUUUGGUCUAUAUUUUCAUACUAUCAGACGUAAAAAAAAUAUUUUUUCUGAUGAGUUUGCAAGUCAAAAUUUUCCAAACUUUUUUGCUAAUUACGUAAAUUUAAAAUGGAGAGAGAAACACGCAACAAGGCAGUCAUUUAUUAAUGAUCUAUAUAUUACAAUUAUUCGUAGAGCAGAUACAAAAGGAGUAGAAUUUUUAUCGCAUCUACUAAAGAAAUUUGGACAUGUAACUUCAAAACAUGCUUGGGAAAGCGAUAUGCGUGCUACCUAUGAAGAUUUAGAAGAAACAACGAACCGUGUAAUGACAAACCUUAGACGUUCUGAAAAACGUAAUGAAACCUAUUUGGAAUAG